CACAACUGGCAGCUGGUACAGAUAAUAGAUUAUCAUUAGGAUUGUGUCAGUUUGUUCGUUUGUUUGAAUGACCAAAAGUAAAAUAUCAUCGCAAACAUGUCAGGAUAUGAUCCAUCUGGUUAUAGUCUAAUUUCUGCAAUUCGUCUGGGUGAAAUCGAACGAGUAAGAGAAAUAAUCAACUCCGUUGGCUUGUCUAAUCCACCAUCAUGGCCUUAUUGGUAUAUUUUACUUCGUGAUACUAUAAAAAAAAAUAAAGUUGAAAUUGCUAAAUUGUUACUAUCAAAAGAUAUAAUAGUAAGCUAUAAAUGCCCCAAACAACAGUGGUCAUUUUCACCACUACAUUUUGCUAUUGAAAAUGGGAAUGAAGAACUAGUUAAAUUACUUCUUGAAAAAGGAGUAAAUAUUAUUACUGAAAAUCGAUUCGGUGAUACUCCACUUCAUACAGCAGUCAAACAUGGUAAAAGUAAAAUAUCGGAAAUGCUUUUAGAAAAAAAAGCUCCUAUUAAUGUUAGAAAUAACAGUUAUUUAACUCCACUUCAUAUUGCAUCAAAAGAAGGACAUUUGAAUAUUGUUGAACAACUUUUAAAUAAAGGAGCUGACGUAAAUAUUAUUGGAAUGAAUGACGAAACUCCUAUUCAUCUAGCCAUUGAUAAUGGACACACUGCUAUUGUAAAACAGCUAUUAAACCAUUCAGCUGAUGUAAAUGCUGUAUAUACUUAUAUUACAGAUCCUGAUUUAGAAAUAUUCACAAGCGGUUUUACACCUUUGCAUCUAGCAUGUGAACAAGGCAAUGAAGAUGUUGUUAAAAUGCUUUUGAAUAAAGGUGCUAAGAUUAACGUUAAAGAUGGCGAUCAUUCUUUACCAAUUUUUUAUGCUACUCAAUCAGGGCAUAUCAACUUGAUUAAAGCAAUACUAGAGCAUCAGAUUUUUACUGACUAUGCAUCGAGUGUUGAUAAUAUGUUACGCGAGGCUGUUAAAAAUGGAGACUUGAUUACAGUUCAUUAUACUUUAAAACAUUACACAGAGUUUAGUAAACUUGUAAAUCCUAAAACUAAUUAUUUUAAUUUUUUAAACAAUAAUCCGUCUGAUUUGGUUGAUGAAUUAGGUCAAUCUUUACUUCACCUUUCCGCACAAUUUGGUAAUUUUGAAAUUAUGGAAGCUAUAUUAGAUUUUGGUGCAGAUAUUGACAUCAAAGACAAAGUUGGGAGGACUCCACUUCACAUUGCUUGCCAAGAAAGAUUUGGUCCUGUUAUUGGAAUAUUGUUACGUUAUGGCCCAGAUUUGAAUGUAAGGUGCGACGAAGGAUAUUUACCACAAGAUUAUUUGUUUAGUUCGAAGCUUUACAGUCAACGAUUCAAUCGUCAUAUUAAUUAUGACAAUGAUCCUGAUUGUCUCGUUGGUAACCCUAAAGACCUUAUUAAAUUAUUUGUAGAACAUAUAAUUAAAUUAAAAACUGCUAAAAUUUUUGUAAGUGACAUAAAUUUACAAUUAGUUAAAAACAAUUCCAGGUUUAAAAAAAUCGAAAAUGAAUUUAAU